AUGAAUUUCGAACAAUUGGCUAACGAAUUAUUGCUUGAUAUACUUGAGUAUCUUUCUGCUGUUGAUAUUCUUCGUGCUUUUAAUCAAUUAAAUGCUCGAUUCGAUACACUUCUUCUUACUCAUUAUAAAACCUAUCAUCUUAAUUUUCGAUCUGUAUCGAAACAUGAUUUCCGUUCCUUUUGUCAACGAGAUUUACCAUUAAUUGCUAGUCGAAUCAUCUCUCUAACUCUAUCGGACAAUAUUGAAACACCCAAUUCAAUCAAUUCUUUUCUUAGUUAUGGUAUAACUUUCUUCCAACUGAACGCUUUACGAUCAAUCAAAAUCUACCAUCUUCGUUCGUCCAUCGUAAUGCAGCAAUUGCUGAUUGAAUGUCAUCACUUUCCUCAUUUGACUCGCCUUGAUUUCACAGAUUGUUCUUUUAAAACUGAGUUUCAAUCCAUUUCAAAUCAACUUAAUGAUCUCUGGAAAUUACCUGAACUUAUCUCUUGUCAUAUGGAUAUCGAUUUUCAUUCGGAAGGUUCUUACGCAAUUCAUCCAUCUACAAUUUCGACGUCGCUUCAAUCUCUAUCGAUCGAAUCCUAUUGUUACAGUUGCAAUGACCUAAACAAUCUCCUACGACACACUCCGUCUCUACAAUAUCUUCAUAUCUUGCUACGAGACGAUUCAGAUGAUGAUUUAUCGCGUGAAUUUCCAGUCACAUCGUUGACCACAGUAAAAUUAUCCGCGUAUAUGUCGCCAAUGACGUUGACGACUAUUCUGAAGCAUAUUCCGAAACUACGUUGCUUAACUGUCACAACAGAUGAAGUUAACAUGAAUGGGCAUGAUUGGGAAGAAAUUAUUGUUAAAUAUUUGCCACGAUUGAAGCAGUUUCAUCUAAAAAUGAUCUUUCGACUCGAGGAUUAUGAUAACAAAGAGCAACGAGUUGAUGACCUCUUGAAUUCAUUCCGAACACAGUUUUGGUUGGGCGAACAUCAGUGGUUCGUUCGAUGCGAUUGGAAUUGUUGUGAGCAAUGUGAUAAAAACAAUGUUUAUCUUUAUACAUUACCGUAUGCGUUCGAUUUUUAUUCUGUUCAUCGAGCGAAUAUCAAAUCGAAGUCAACUCGUCAUGUCGAUAACGAUGACUCAUCAUAUGACAACGUUCGUACUAUAGGAUAUGAAGUCAUUCCUACGAGUGAUCGAAUCUUGCCUUUCUUUCGAUUUAAGAAUCUGCAUUAUUUGGAUGUACAUCUUCCGUUCGAUGAGAAUUUGAUUCUUAUUGUACCAGAACUCGAGCGAUUGAUUUCGUUACAAGUAUCGACACAUCGUUUGGAUUAUGAGUUCGAUGCUCAGAAACAAUUGCAAGCGUUACUCAAUCGAGCACCAUAUCUGACUUCAUUGACAUUCAAGUAUUGGUCAUUACCGUGGUCAGAACAAAAGCCUCCGUACGAUUGUUUCAAUAAGUCAAUUCGUCAACUUGGUUUACAAGAUAUUGAUCAAGAAUAUAAUUCAAAGGAAUGUAUGCAAUUGUGUCAUUCGUCGAUAGGGAAACAAUGCCAAGUACUUGCAAUUGCUGUUGAAAACCGUCAUAAUAUAUUAGAACUGAUUGAGGGGAUGUCGAAUCUACGUACUUUGAACGUUGUAUGUCGAGAUGAUAUUUGGAGGAUGAAGAACGACGAAAACGAGAUUUCAUCAUCGUCAAAUGAUGAACUCACUGAUUGGCUUCGACAAUCCCUAUCUUCGAUAUGUACAAUCAUUCGACAUGAUGAACUCGUCAGAGAUAGUAAACAAAACUGUUUUCAACCUAUUCAUUUGUGGUUUUGA